GGGGCCUGGGCGAGGGGGCGGGGCCUCCGCACCACGCGUCCUUCCAUAAAUGAAGGAAAAGCGCUUCUGCCUCCCGGAAACGUGCAGCUGGAAACCCUGAAGAAGCUCCAAGGAGACACGGUGAGACACGCCAGAAAACAGCAACCAUGUCCGACAAGAAAGCAGUGAUCAAGAAUGCAGACAUGUCUGAUGAAAUGCAGCAGGAUGCAGUGGACUGUGCCAUGCAGGCCAUGGAAAAGUACAAUAUCGAGAAGGAUAUUGCUGCUUAUGUCAAAAAGGAGUUUGACAAGAAGUACAACCCCACAUGGCACUGCAUUGUUGGGAGGAACUUUGGCAGCUACGUGACGCACGAGACGAAGCACUUCAUCUACUUCUACCUGGGUCAAGUUGCUAUUCUGCUGUUCAAGUCGGGCUGAGGGGUCCACCGUGCCGCGCCGCAUGUCGCCCGCCACCUUCCUGCAGACGUGCCUUGCUCCGGGGUCCCUGCUCUCUCCAGUUAACCUGUGGUGGCGGCGCUGCGGCCGCGGCGCUCUCCUCAUGUUUGGACUUCAUUCCUAGAAAGUGCCAGCGUAAAAAGCUGACUCUGGUGACGCUCAGACUUCAUACAUCUGACAGACUCCGUUUCGGCUCAAAUUUCUGGGUAAUUUGCUGUGCACUAAUGUACGGACCUGUCGUUUUAUUUCACAUGAAGAUUGUUACUUUCAGUUUUUUUUCUUCAUUGCAUUAAAGUGAGCAACAGAGUUUUUGUUGAAUUGCCUUUUUAAUUUCCAGUGAUGGAUGGGACUAAAUGCCGAAACUGUUGCUUGUACUUAAUAAAGGCUGUAACACGCAGAUGGAUUUGACGAUGUACAUUCUUGAACGUCCCUGUUUACACUUGAGUCAUAUAUGUUUGGUGUUGCUGCUGCGUGUCUCUGGAAUGUAACACUACGUGCUGUCUAGUAUUGGAAUAAUUGAGACCUCAAAUGUGUUGAGCACAAAGCUGAAUUUGGAUUAAACUGGUUCAAAAUC